GUUUUAAAGGUUCUUUGUUGCUACUGUGGCUACCUGAGGCCAUUUGGGCAUUAGUGAUCUAAGCUUCUUAGAUUUCCUGUUAAGCAGGGUUGACCAGUGUGCAUAGGACCCAGGUGCAUGAUCCCCUCGGGAAUGACAUCCAGUCUGCUUUACUUUUGUUUUAUCUGACAAAACAAUGCACGUUGCUACUAGACAGAUAGCGGUGGUAAAGCUGGGUAAUAUUUUCAUCCGAAGGGCAGGAACCACAUGGUGAGCAGAAAAGGUACUCCCUGUCUGAAGUGAGAGCCUGGUCCUGACAUUCCUAUACUCACGUGGUAGUCACUGAGACACAAAGAGCCUUGUUUUCGUCAUAUAAGAAGCAAUAAACUACUGCCCAGGGUGAAAGAGCUGGUCAGGAACCAGUUGAGGUCUGAGAAACAAACCAGUAUGUUUUCAUUAAGAAACCAAUAAACCAAAUAUCAGCCUAAAAGAGAAUUUAAGCUAUAAAGACACUCUUGGCUUUUUUGUUGGAUCAUUCAGGUUACAUUUUAUUGCACUGAUCAUUAAAGUCAAGGGAAACUCAUGCAAGCCUUGGACACAAAUGAAAUCUUCACAGCGUGGUCCCAAACACAUUUAAAAUGUGUGUAUUUGUGUGUAGAGUGUAACCUGCAAUACUCUUUGUGCAUUGUUCUCAGUAACUUAGUAACCAGAGGUGUACUCAGAGCUCUAAAGUUGGACGUUGGAGUGUGACUUUUAAAGCACAAGAGUGUGUUUGAGAAGCUUGCACAUCAACACCCGGUAAGAUCUUUUUGAAAAAUGAGUUCUACCAAGUGAUUUUCUUUCAGUAAUCCAUGCCUGUUUUCUCUAAAGGUUUCUUCAGCAGUGGAUUUGCCAUGAGAUCUAAGCGCAAAGACCUUCAUCAAUCCAGAGUUCUGCCCUCUAUUUCAGAUGCAAACUCACAACCUGUUGCUGUCAGAAAGGCAAGCGAUGAAGUCAAAUUCGAGCCCUGGAGGAGGAAAGCAUUUCAGGACAGCAGUCCAGAGCUAGACCAAGAGACCAAGGCCCGGCGUCAGGCUCAGCUGGAACAGCGCCAUCUAGAGGCUUACAGGAACAUACACCGUCUCCAGGAUGCUCUUCAUCGCCGUUAUGCUGCUUUGCUCAGGGACAAGGUCCACUCACAGAGAUUACUGCUACAGCAGAGAGAUGAGGCAGCCAGAGCAAAGUCACAGAGUGAACCUAAGAAGAAACAAAAGAAGUUGGCCAUUUCCAAGCUGCAGCACAAUGACUCAUACCUGAAGUCCCUCCCCAAAACCAGCUACUACCUGAAGCAGUUGGCUCAGCAAGGACUUCUGAAAACCCACCACGAGUUGGAGGACUUUUAUACGUGCAUCAAAUAUGGUCACCCAUCGCAGGUGCAAAAAUGUCUGGAGAAUGUGAGGAAAAGGAUGCUGGAAAGCAGAUCUGCAGCUGAUUUGAUGACUCAGCACCAGAUAUCAGAAAAACAUUCCUGCACUACUGAAGCUCGAGGACAAGAGGACCACAUUUCCUACUCAAGGUCAUCAGAACAACGUUCUGGGUCAGUGGAAGGUUCAGCCGAGAUCUUCUGCAGCAGCCAGAAGAAAAAUGAAUUUGAAGGAAUGUUUCCCAAGAUGAAAGCUCCCACGUUUGCAACCUUGCAGCCUAACUUUAUGAAGAACUUCCAGAGCAAGAUGCCUGAUUUGAUCGUCCCUGAGAUCCCUGAAAAGAGCAGCAAAGCAGAAAUUUACUUGAGACGGCUGAGACAAAUGCAUGAUCUCUGUUUAAUCAACAUGGCUUUCACCCAAAGACUGCUGGACAGGGAGACAGACUCAAUGUGCUGGCAGGAGGAGCGAGACAGCCACGAUUUGCUGCUUCCAGCUAUUGACUCCAAAGAAGGGAAGACAGUGUUGAGAAUGACCAACCUACAUGUCCCCAGCAGCUGA